AUGUCUAGUAUUGUUUUAUUUACUUUAAAACAAUUUAUAAAAAGAGCAAUAUCUGAUGAUUUAGAUGAUUCACCAGAUUUAUCUCAACCUGAUGAUGAUAAUUUAGAAGAUUCAAAUCCUGUUGAAAAUGAAAUUUUUAGUUCUUGGGCUUUAUUUAUAUUAUUAUUUUUAUUAAUGUCUGCAUUAUGGUCAUCAUAUUUUUUACAACAAAGAAGAAUUAAAGCAAUUCAUGAAACUGUAUUAUCUAUAUUUUGUGGUAUGAUUGUUGGAUUAAUUAUAAGAUUAAGUCCUGGUCAUUAUAUUCAAGAUGCUGUUAAAUUUAAUUCUGAAUAUUUUUUUAAUAUUUUAUUACCACCAAUUAUUUUAAAUUCUGGUUAUGAAUUACAUCAAGCAAAUUUUUUUAGAAAUAUUGGUAGUAUAUUAACUUUUGCUAUUCCUGGUACUUUUAUUUCAGCAUUAGUUGUUGGAAUUAUUAUAUAUAUAUGGACAGCUAUUGGAUUAGAUAAUGUUAAAUUAGAAUUUGUUGAUGCUUUAGCUGUGGGAGCAACAUUAUCUGCAACUGAUCCUGUUACAAUUUUAUCAAUUUUUAAUGCUUAUAAAGUUGAUCCAAAAUUAUAUACUAUUAUAUUUGGUGAAUCAUUAUUAAAUGAUGCUAUAUCAAUUGUUAUGUUUGAAACAUGUCAAAAAUUUCAUGGUCAACCUGUUAAAUUUUCUUCAUUUUUUGAAGGUAUUGGUUUAUUUUUAAUGACUUUUACUAUUUCAACUAUUAUUGGUAUAUUAAUUGGAGUAUUAGUUGCAUUAAUUUUAAAACAUUCUCAUAUAAGAAGAUAUCCACAAAUUGAAACUUGUUUAGUUUUGUUAUUUGCUUAUGAAUCUUAUUUUUUUUCAAAUGGUGCUCAUAUGUCAGGUAUUGUAUCAUUAUUAUUUUGUGGUAUAACUUUAAAACAUUAUGCUUAUUAUAAUAUGUCAAGAAGAACUCAAAUUGCAACAAAAUAUAUUUUUCAAUUAUUAGCUCAAUUAUCAGAAAAUUUUAUUUUUAUUUAUCUUGGAUUAUCUUUAUUUACAGAAGUUGAAUUAGUAUUUAAACCACUUUUGAUUAUAGUUGCAUUUAUUUCAAUUUGUAUUGCAAGAUGGUCAGCUGUUUUCCCAUUAUCAAAAUUUUUAAAUUUUCUUUAUAAAGCAAGAAUUGAAAAAUAUUCAAAUUUAAAUACUGGUACUAAUAUGUCUUUAAAUUUACCUGAUGAAAUAAGUCAUUCUUAUCAAAUGAUGAUAUUUUGGGCCGGUUUAAGAGGUGCAGUUGGAGUUGCAUUAGCAAUGGGGUUUAAAGGUGAAGCUAAAUGGGCUUUAUUAGCUACUGUUUUGGUGGUUGUUGUAUUAACUGUUAUAUUAUUUGGUGGUACAACUGCUUCAAUGUUGGAGAUUUUAGGUAUUAAAAUUGGUUGUAUUGAUGAUUCAGCUGAUUCAGAUGAUGAAUUUGAUAUUGAAGCUCCAAGAUUACCAAUUCAUUCAGGUAAUUCAACUCAACAAAAUAUAUUGGGUAAUAGAAGAUUUAUGAAAAAUUCAACAAUAAAUCCUUUUAAAGAUAAUUUAUCAAGUAGUAAAAAUUCAUCAGCUAAUAAUUUAUUAGAUUCUGAAUCAAAUCCAAAUAUUGUUAUGGGUGAUGAUGAAGCAGAAUAUAUUGGAAGUGAUGUUGAUGAUUUAAUAUCUGACACAACACCAUCAGUUACAAACAACAACAACAAUAAUAAUAAUAUAAAUGAUAAAGGAGUGCUAGGAGCUAUUUUAAGUGCUGAAGAACAUGCGAAAUGGUUUACAAGAUUUGAUGAAGAAGUUUUAAAACCAGUAUUAUUAGAUACCUUACCAAGUAGUCAAUCUAGCACGACGAAUAAUAGUAACAUUAAUCUAAAUAGUAACAAUAGUAAUAAUAGAAGAGACUAA